AUGGAAGGUGCAACCUUGGAGUCCAUUAUGAUCGAAGAUCUUGAAAGUUACUCACGACAUAAGGGUGCCUUGAAGAAGGCACGUUCAUUAUUUCAUCACAAAAAAUUCAUUGAUAGGUAUAAGGAAUUGCAGUUAAUGCCAGGGCAAGAGGAAAUUAUAGAUAUAAUUUCUGAAGAACCAGAUGACCGUGCUGUAAUCUGGAUUUAUGGUCCUCAAGGUGGCGAAGGCAAAUCCACAUUUGGCAAGCAUUUAGUGGCUAAAUAUGGAGCAUUCAUGUUUAAUGGUGGAAGAAAUGAAGAUAUAAUAUUUGCAUAUGAUUAUGAGAGGAUAGUUAUAAUGGACGAAGCGAGAUGCCAAGAUAUCAGAUAUGAUAUCGUCGAGCACUUUAAGGACAGUGUCCUGUUCAAUCAGAAGUAUGAGAGUCAUGUUAUGUAUUUAACACCAGUUCAUGUAAUAGUAAUGGCUAAUGUAAUGCCAGAUGUAUCCAGAAUCUCUGUAGACAGAAUACUGUUAAAGGAAAUAUAA